AUGUGCAAACCCUUGUGUUAUCUUUCUGUGCCACAUCUGUUCCUGAUCAACUCCGAGGCCUCUGAGUGCUGGUGGUCCUGUCAAGUUUUCGGAGUCUUCUUUGAAACUUUGUUUGUUUCCCGAACCACUGACGUUGGGUCGGAUAUCCUCAAGCCCGUAGUGGCAAUUUUGAAACGAAUCUCUACUUUUCGUUCUGGAGGUGUCCAAGCCAAAUCAUUGAGAACCCUCUUUGGGAUAUGCGUCAAUCAAAAGUGCGUUGUUGCCGAGUCUCUCCUUUCAAGUGCCAUGGAUUUUCUUGUUGGUCUUUCUCCUAACCUACCGCCCUUAGUCGGAACGGAUGUCGCUUACUGUAUUGAACUAUCGACAGUCAAAGCACUAAACAGUCAAGGUCGUCUAAACAUCGAUUGGAAUAUUCAGUCUCUCAUUCAAAUCUGUUUGUCUCUCUGUUCUUGUCCGACGUCCAAAAUUUUACCGGCGAAGCGAAGGGAAAAGGGACGUAGCAAGUUGACUGAUAAUCUGGAUUUUCAGACCGACGGUUGUUGCAAUUCCGACGCCAGGCGAUGUGAGCACAGCCUUCAUAGUCUCGCCAAUCUCCUGGAACUCAUGUCUAAUAAACAAAUCCAGAGAGCCCCAGAUGACGUCUUUGUUACUAUUCUUCAGACAUUCUCGGCAUGUCUUCACGUAACAACGGUUAGCGGUGCUGAGAAGGUUCGUUGGAAUGCCGCUCUCGCAACCUCCAAGGUCUUGAGUAGCCAAUGCUUCGUUUGCAUCACACAUCCAUAUCAGUCGUCGGAAGAUAACGCUCUCCUAUCUCUUGUAUCCGCUCUCUGUAAAGCCCUCCGUAUGGAUUCCACCGACUUCUCAACGCGAUCCUCAGAGGAAGGCGGCGUCGUCAGUGGACUAAAUCGCAAUGAAUCCCAACAUCGCACUGCCUGUCUCUUUCUCUGCUCGCUGCUCCUUCUGCACACAGCCGUCUACAGUCUCAUUGCCCUUACCGUUGAUAACUCCCAAAACGCCAUCAAAUGUCUACACAGGCUAGCCUCUGCUCUAGCUGAAUCUUCUAACGCAGACGCCCUCAAGGACCAUCUUAAGAACGUAUUCUCACAGGCCAUUGCUGCCUCUAAUGCCGGGCCUUUAAUCUUUGGCCGAGCUAAACCUUUGACGUCGUCCUGCUCUGCAGAGGCAAUGCCGGGAGAUGAUGGAGGGGAGGCGGGAAAUGUGUUGGCCGUGGGAGUUUCCUUUGCUGGUCGAAACUCGGCUCUCAAAAACUUCGACUUCCAGUAUGCCCUGCCAUCGGCACUCAAGGCUGUGAAGAGCUUUGGCCACUUGGCGGCUUCUGUUGAUUUGCCCAAGCAGGACGCCGCAGAGUUGUGUGCGCUUGCGGAAGCACUUUCAAUCCAAUCAGCUGCCUUCCUUAAGGACGAUGCACAUGCUGUGGAAGUUCUUAGUCUAGCCGAGCUCACCAAUGCCUUUUCGAUCAGAACGUUUGCCAAAGGCAGAUUUAGUACGAUUGACACAAAGCUGUUAUUGAUUGCGAGUAUGACAGGCGUCCGAGACCUGCGUGACUUUCCGGACCAACUUUUGAAAGACGAACUUUGUCUUUCUCUUCGUGACGACCAUCUGAAGCAAAUUAUUUGCCCCUGGGGUGCAGAGACUGAUGCAACCCCUGUCCGAUUUUGCAGCUGGCCAAUCAACCUGGUGUCGUCUCUGCGGUAUCUGUCAUGGCGCACAAUUUUAUUUAUGGUUGGAACUCCGGGCGGACUGUACCACUGCUGUCCUACACCAGAACGUUGGUACCAUUCCUUCAGAGAAAACCUUUAG